CUUCCCACCCAUGAGGUAGCUUUGUGCAAUGCCACUGGAGACAUUUGGAAAGGCCCCCAAAUUGGAAAGGGCAUAAAUGCCCCCGCAGCCACCACACACUGCUCAAAAGGAACCACAAGGAGUCUGCCCCAGAGGACAGGGCAUCUGUGGGAACAGCAGCACGGACAGUAAGCACACACGCAAACUGUGGAAGUGGUUUUCCAACAUGAAGCUGGCAGCAGAUCUUCUCUGUUUGCUCCUGUGCUUCACUGCAGUGGGUUGUGACCGGGUCUACGUCCACCCUUUCAGUUUAAAUGCUUUCAAUGAGAGUGCCUGUGAGGAGCUGGAACACUUGGCCCAGGAAGGAAAGAAAACAUUUGUGCCUGCCUCCAUUGAAUCCCAAAUCACACCUGCCUAUGAAGAGGAUGUGAAGGAUGAAGUCAGGCUGGAUUCCCCUAGCCUAAAUGUCCAUGGAAGGCAGAAACUGAUCUACCUGAAGGACUUUGUGCAUGUCCUUGGCAUGCGAUUUUACAGUUUGCAGAGGGAAGCACGGCAGGGCCAAAAUGUCCUCCUGUCCCCUACCAGUCUCUAUGGCUCCUUGGCAUCUUUCUACUUGGGUGCAUCCAAUCAGACAGCUGCUGAUUUGCAGGGUUUGCUGGGAUUUGUUCCCCCCUCUGGAGACUUCAAUUGCACCUCCAGGGUGGAUGGGCACAAGCUCCUUGCAAGCCUGAGGACUAUCGAAAACCUCGUCAAAACCCAGGAUGAGGAUCUGCUCUUUUCCAAGAUGUUCUGCCUCUUCUCUGCCCCUGGCAUACCCUUAUCCCAACAGUUUGUGCAUAACUUGCUCCCUUCUGCUGAUGCUUUUUACACGCGAGCUGUGGACUUUACAAACCCAAGUGAGGCAACAAAACAAAUAAAUGCCUUUGUGGAGGCCAAAAGCAAAGGCCAAAGCAAGCACAUACUGACAGACCUGAAUCCGACUACUGACUUAGUGUUCGCAAUGGAUGUUCGCUUGGCAGUGAAUGCUAAGAAAGCCUCUCGGCUGAAGGAGCCUCAAGAGUUCUGGGUUGAUUCAAACAGGGCAAUCUCAGUCCCCAUGCUGUCAGUAACUGGGACGUUCAAGUAUAUGACUGACACCAGUGAGACCUUUUCUGCAACUGAAGUCCCCGUUGGCAAGAACGUUCUGCUGGUGCUGCUGCAGCCCAUCAAUGGCAAUGACCUGGACAAAGUAGAGGCUGAGCUUCCCUUGCAGUCAUCAGCCUGGCUUGAAAAUCUGUCCCCAAGAAAAAUUAAAUUAACUUUGCCUGAGUUAAGAAUAGAAGACAGCUCUGAUCUACAAGAAUUUCUUGCAGAUAUGAAACUGCCCGCACUGCUGGGGAAGGAGGCAGAUCUCAGUAAAAUAAGUGACACCCACCUCACUGUUGGAAAGAUAAUGAAUAAAGCCUUCUUCAAACUGAGCAGCGAUGGAACACAUCAACCAGAAGACACCACAGCACAGGAAAAAGAUUCAGUGCCACAGGAAGUAAUGCUGAACAAACCGUUUCUUUUAGCAGUUUUUGAAGCAAAGUCGAGGGCAAUGCUUUUCCUUGGUAGAGUAACAAACCCACUGCAGGAGGUUUAAAUGCAAGCACCAAGGAAAAGGGGAGAAGAAAAAAGGAUGCAUGUUUCCCAUCACCUUUUUGUACUCAUAAGCUGUUUUUAUGAUCAUGUUGAGUGCUCUACCUUACUUGGAGAUCAAGGAGGAAAGGUUUGAAAUACUGCUUUUUAAAAGCUAAAAAAUUACAACAUCCCAUCUUUAUUUGUUUCAUGCAAACCACCCAGUUCUCUUCUUUCCUUCUCCCCAUCUUGUCUUCCUUCUACCCCACCAUUUUUCAAGGCAGUGGGGAUAAAACAGUAAUCAGCAACAAGUCAACUUACAAUGUUAUUUUAUAAGUGCAAGUGCCAUUUACUACAGAACGGUAGGAAAAAGGAUCUCGUAAUUCCUUGAGAAGUUACCUUUUAGUUUGAUCAGUUUUGCAAGACAUCUCUCCAAUUUUUCAAAUUAUCCACAGAGACUUCUAGCUUGAUCAGCAGUAUUUGCCUUCAAAAUGCUGCCAACAGCAUGGGAAGGCUUUACUUGUCCCACUGAGACAAGAUUUUGCCUUGGAAGCAAAAACACAUUUAUAGUUAGUUUCUUCUUUCUGCAGCCUAGAUGGACACAUUUAUUUCUUAACUCCGUGGAAAAACUAAAAAUAGGGCUGGUAGCAUUAAUGAGCAGCUGCAGAUGAAUUCUCAUAGCCUGACUGCAGUUUCUCUGAUUAUUUAGGAAAAAAAA